CCGAGCAGCGGCGCGCACGGCGGCUGUCCCGCCAGCUACAACGCGCGGUUAGGCUGCGACCGCGACUCGGCGCAGUCAUCCCUAACGUCGCCGCUCGGCAUCCUUAGGACUGCCGCCCCUAUCGCCACGGGGACCCCACUCGCCCGCGCCCCCCAUGCGCUCCCUCUUCGGUGUCCGGCCGGGAGGGCGCCUCGUGGACGCGGAGCCGCGCGGGUGACGGCAGAGGCGGCUGCGCGCCCUGCUUAGCCCAGCCCAGCCCGAGAAGAGGCGCGCCGCGCUCCCGCCCCCGCCCCCGCCCGCUCUCCCGAGGCCGUGGGUGCGGAUGCGCCGCUGACGACUCGCAGCGACAGCACCGCCACGGUCGGCCGAGCCCGCAGCAUGGCAGCCGCCGCCUAUGUGGACCACUUCGCCGCCGAGUGCCUCGUGUCCAUGUCGAGCCGCGCGGUCGUACACGGGCCGCGGGAGAGGCCGGAGCCCCGGCCCGAGGGCGCGGCCGUCGCCGCUGCCCCUACGCUGCCCCGCGCCGAAGAGCGCCGGGACGGCAAGGACAGCGCCUCGCUCUUCGUGGUGGCGCGGAUCCUAGCGGACCUCAACCAGCAAGCGCCGGCGCCCGCCCCGGCGGAGCGCAGAGAGGGCGCCGCGGCCCGGAAGGCGAGGACCCCCUGCCGCCUGCCGCCCGCGUCGCUGCCGGCCCCCGAGCCCGCCUCCCCCCGCGGCGAAGGUGCGGCGGCCGCGCCCCCCAGCCCCGCGUGGAGCGAGCCGGAGCCCGAGGUGGGGCUGGAGCCCGAGCGGGAGCCGGGGCCCGCGGGGAGCGGCGAGCCCAGUUUCAGACAAAGGGGCCGGCGGGGCCGAAGUCGCGCCGACCUGGAGUCCCCGCAGAGAAAGCACAAGUGCCACUACGCGGGCUGCGAGAAAGUUUACGGGAAAUCCUCGCACCUCAAGGCGCACCUGAGAACUCACACAGGUGAGCGGCCCUUCGCCUGCAGCUGGCAGGACUGCAGCAAGAAGUUCGCGCGCUCCGACGAGCUGGCUCGGCACUACCGCACGCACACGGGCGAGAAGAAGUUCAGCUGCCCUAUCUGCGAGAAGCGCUUCAUGCGCAGCGACCACCUGACCAAGCACGCGCGCCGCCACGCCAACUUCCACCCCGGCAUGCUGCAGCGGCGCGGCGGCGGCUCGCGGGCGGGCUCCCUCAGCGACUACAGCCGCUCGGACGCCAGCAGCCCCACCAUCAGCCCGGCCAGCUCUCCCUGAGUGUACCCCGGCACAGCCCCUACGCCCUCCCCCGCAGAGAGAACGUUCUGGAAAGGCCCGAAAAAAACACUUUUCUUCACCUCAGGUGUCAAAGUAAAUUUGUAAAAAAAACAAAAAAACAAAAACAAAAACGUCAAAACACAACAUCCACAAAUUGCACAACAGACACACCCACAUAGUUGAGAUUCCGCGGUGUUGAACCCCCUUUCUCAGGGAUGAACACGGUCCACGAGGUCAGCGAGGACACCCUUCCUGCCGCCUUACUUUGUACAUAAAUUUGCACUCGAGUUUUCUGUUAGGUUUGGGAACACGCUGGGGACACAGCAGGCCAACCAGCGUAGGCAGAGCUCAGUCCCCAUUUUGCAGGUCCCUCCAUCCUGUCCUCCCUCGCAGGUGCAGUCACUGCUGCUUGUGCUUCUGCAGUAGGUGCCUGGCGGGGGGAAGGGGACUGUGUCAUCCUCUUCCUGCCCACCUGCCCAGCCUCUGUGCCACAGCCCCGCGGGCUCAGAGCCCUGAAGGUUCUGAGAGACAGGCCACCUCAGCGGGAUGCCUUUAAGCCAUGAUGGGCAAAGGAGUACACUCCUAGGGGACUGUGGAGGGAGGCGGCUGCCCUCCUAGCCUGCCUGUCUCACUCCUGCCUCCAGGAGCCCGCUUGCCCGACCCCUUGGAGAACUGGAAGCAGAGAUGCAAGCCUCGGCUGGGCACACCAUUGCACCACCCGAUCUUCAACCAGACAGGGCCUGGGCCACACCUACCUAGCACCUGGCUGCUCUGUAUCCCUGCAGAAGGCACAAGGGGGACCCUUCACUAUUAUGCCAUGUUCUCUGACUGGAAAACAGAACCUGGGAAUUCUCAUCUUGUAAAAAGAUGUCAGAAAGCAUGGCUGGUGCACCCAGCUCUCACAUCCCCUGCACCAGCGCUGCUGCAGAAGCACCUUGGUUGAACCGGUGGGUGAGGUCAUCAGGCUGCCUCAUCAGAGGAUCUGCGUGAGUGGCUGUGCAUGUGCUGGCACCCAUGGUACUUCACAGAGACUGGUGUGAAGGGAGAGACCAGAGGAUUGUGACUUGGAACUUUCAGGAGUCACGCAGCGGAUGUUAUGGGAAAUGCUAUCAGAGAAAGAGGAAACUCCAGACAUGAAGUUGUGGGAAGUGCUUUUCUCAGGCCCACUGUGUCCCCAGCGUAGAUUUAACAAACCUCCAGCUUCUCCGUGUCUCCUGGACCACUCCUCCCUUUCCCUCCCACUUCUCCCCCGCUGCCUGAGACCACACCCCAGCCUGUGGAGCAUCAGGGCUGCAGAUGCCCUGCCAAUCGCCAGCCUUCUUCUGGUAGGAGAGGAGGAGCAGACAGCUGGGGCAGUUUCUCCCAGAACUGUGACCAGGGCUGGGUCAGAGCUUGAACCCUGGUUGGGUCAGUUGGGCCAUGGCCCUGUGAACUCCUCUGCAGACAGCUGGAGUGUCCACCCCAGCCCUGCAGCUCAGGCACCACCUUCCCUUCCCCCUGAGAGUUGGGGUCUGUAAAUACAAGGCCCCAGAACAGUGUGUGUAUGUAUGUGUGUGUGUGUUUGUGUUGGGGAGGGUGGGUUUGGCACAGACUCGGGGUAUCCAGGGAGGAAUGGCCCUUGGCACCUCAGAGGGCCAAACAUGGGUGUUCUGGGCCCAGAGUGCCUUGGUUGUGGCCAUCCUGUCUCCACCCUGGCCAUUCUAUGGUAUGGGGUGCAGCACAGAGAAACCCCAGAGACCCAGGCCUAGCUGGUGACCAUGGUUCCUGGCCACUGUGUUGGGCCAGCUCCACAGUAGAUGGGUGCCCUCUAUCGACAGCCACUGUGCAGGUGGCAGUGUGCCAUCUGUGAGGUUCUCAGCACCCAUCUCUAACUCUGCCAUUCUGCUGGGAUUGGUCAGUGGCGUGGCGGUGGCUUCCGAGGAGAGAGGUGGGUGCUGAGUUGGUCAGUAGUGCUGUUCCUGCUAUGGGUGGGAACUGGUGUGAUGCGGGUAGCCCCUGCCCUGGUUGCAUGCUGGCUGGCCACCCUGGCUGCUGUGCUGCGUUUGGGCUUUGUGAUAGCCCUGCUUGUGCUUGGUAUGGGAAAGAGGGUGGAAUGAGUGGUAGGGACCUUGACAGAAGAGAGCCCUGGGCACUUGGGGUGCAAAGAUUUUCACGCCCAGUUCCGAAGCAAGGUACCUUCCAAAGUUAUUUCUGUGUGAAGCAAAGGAAGCCACACUCUGAAUACAUUUCAUGUCUCAGGAAUUCACAUUCCAGAUUCAGGAAUUUUAUUCCAAAGUCCUUUGGUGCACUCACCAUCCAUGGUUCCGAAGGCAGGGAGAGGGAGUGACCCAACCCUGCGAGCCGAGCAAAGUGCUCUCUAUGGGAGGGGCCAGGUGUCCCUUGUGAUCUGCCCACGGCAUCAUGGAAGGAGCUUUUCUAACUCCACAGCUAUCUGCACAUAGGAAGGGGAAAAA